GGACGCGCUGCCCUCUCAGUGCCGCUGCAGAGGGGUGACAGCCAGCCACACCGGGACGCUCUCUAGGACUUUUCUCUUCUCAGAGAGAGACAACCAACUCAUCAUCCAUAAAACCAUCUAAGGUUUUAUUCCACUUUUAUCAAGAAAAUGCUCUUUUUCAUUCCCAUUUACCUGCAAAACUGAGGAAAGACUCACGGCGAAUGAAAUGAGCCCUGACACAAAAGAUAGAAAAUCUAAAAAUCAGUCUUGAAUUGUUGUAAUUCGAAUACAAUCACACAAUCUUUAUAAAAAUCAAGACUCUAAUUCCAUCAUGUCAAAGGACGACGCUUGUAAAGUGACAUCUGCCAGCAAGCACAAGGAGCGCAAGCCCAAGAAGCCUCACUAUAUUCCACGGCCAUGGGGCAAACCCUACAACUACAAGUGCUUCCAGUGCCCCUUUACCUGCAUGGAGAAGUCCCACCUGUACAACCAUAUGAAGUACAGCCUGUGCAAGAACUCCCUGUCUCUGCUCAUAGAGUCAGACUGGCCCUAUAAAAAGGGCAACAUCCUGCACCCGGACCAGCUCCGACCCUUUCAGCAGGGACACGGCAUCCACGCUGCUGGCAAAGAUGAGCUGGAGCAGGUAACACAGACUGAGGAGAGACAGAUGCAGCGAAGGAGUGUAGAGGAGGAAGGUGAGGACAGGGAAAGCCAGGGACCAGAGGACGAGGAGGAGGGAGAACGAGGGGAGGGAACAGAGGUUGCAGGGUUGACGAAAGAGAGCUCCAGUAACAACAGCGGAAGAGGAGACACUGCAGAGUGCGCCACCAAGAAAACCAAACCACCAGAAUCAGAGCUUCUGAUGGCCGACAUGCUCUCCCUUGAAGACCAGCUUUUACGAGCACGCUCAGUGGAGGUGGAGGCCCAGCUGAAACAUUAUAAAUUAUCCAAGACAUGUCUAACAACUCCUGGGCUGCUGUCAGAGCAGUGGCGGCUGCUAGCGUCGAGCCACACUAAGGCCAAAGCUGAAAGUGCUCAGCCCCGAGUGAGUAGUUCAAUCCCCUGUUACCCUCCUCCACCAAACCUGGUGGAUUACCAGGAUCCCACUGGACUCAACCUGUCAGUUCUUGGGGUGGGCUAUCCCAUCAGCCCCAGCCUCUUCUCCUACAUGAACUCAGCUAUUCCCUCCGCUGCCACGAGUCUGACUGCUCAGACCCACGCACAGCUCGCCCAGCUUCCCUUCCUGGCGUCUGCCGCUCAGCUGAUGCACCCAGCUUCCAGCACCCACACAGACAGAGCUCUUAUCCCCCCUCGGCUCUACUACCCCUUCCUGUGCGAGCACACAUUUGGACCAGCCUCCAGUCAGAGCGAUGCCAGCAAAGCACUCAAGACAUCCUCAAACAGUCUAGAAACCAAUCCCUUGUCUAGUUUCCAAUCCAAAGUCAAUCUGUGGAAAGUGCCUGCUUUGCGGCCAGGGACCACCACCGUCUCCCCCGCUGGUUGGGUGUCACCUCAGAGAGAAUCCCCAGACCAGGCCUACAGGCUGGCGGAUAAACUGCAGGUUACAGCCAAGGAAGGUAAAGCAAGCUGGGGCCUCAAGAGAACAGGAGCCCCAAUGGGGAACCAUGAGGCACCUGUGGAGAAGAAGCCAGCUAUGGGCUUUACUUCGGACCUUCUGAAGAAUAUUCAGACUGCAUCUACUCUUAAUAUGGCAUCAGAUAAACUUCUUUACCAUGGAAGUUUACAGGAUACUCAGCUUCAGACCCGGCCGUCUGAACUGUGGCACAACGAUCUGCUCACUAGUCCUAACAGUGAAACAACCUCUCUUCCUACUUCUGGGGGACCCAAUAGCCAGGACUUGACUGCUGCCCGCACAAUGGGGGAAGGAGCUUCAGAGUCAGUGGCCGCUCUCCUCAGUGACCUCUCCAAGGCCUUGCAGGAGUAUCAGGAGGCUGAGCGUAAAAUCUCCCACCUAGAGAAGGAGGACCUUCCCGCCCAGCACCACCUCUGGGAACACCUGAGCAAAAUCCGUAGCGAGCUUUCCCACAUCCACCAGGCGCUGGAGCGGACAGCUCGCCAAAGCGACGGGCCUCUCGACCUUUCAGUCAAGAGAGACUCAACAGAUUCAGUCGGUGAUCUGGGCCUGAGAGAGGAUGGCAGUCUCAAAGGCAACACGACAGAGACAGAAGAGGAGGAUGAGGAGCUGGAGGAGAGAAAGGAGGACGAGGAGGAUGAGAGUGAGAGAAGGGUGAUGAAGGCUUCGCUAGAGAGUCGUAAGCAGUCGUUGGACAUGCUGAUCAAGAUGAGUCAGGCAGGUGCGUCGGUGGUGAACACAGAGGUUCUCUCUCCAGGUGGUCUCAGCAUGAGGCCCAGUCCAGCUGAGGCCUUAUGGCCAAGCAGAACUACUAAGUGUGAGGCAGACUCCAGCGUCCUGCUCUGUCCUGACGGCCGAUCAGUGGUGUUCACCGACAUCCCCUCCUCUGCCAAAACCCCCAAAAGGCCACCGUCCAUACAGCGAUUGGAAGCACAGUGUCCUCCAAGUCCUUUGACAGCAACAGACACAUAAACCUCUGUUCCUGUAACAUAACUGAUUCUAUAUGAUUGAUCAGAUGCAGUUGUCUAUAAAAUUACUGGCAUGCCUUUGAUUUUCACUGGCUGGAAGAGGACUGUCACUCUUAUUCUCAGUUUAACUUCACAAAAACAUUUUGCACCUUAUAGAACAAACAGAGAAUGAAUGACAAAAUAUUGAGAGUAAAGUCUCACAAAUGCACUAUGGAUAAGACUCUCCUAAAAAUGAUUUUAAAUGUAACAUCAGCACUUAUUUCCAUUAGAAUAAUU